AUGCCUGCAGCAGUAGUGGCACUCGAACUUGCGGUUGCUGUCCGGGGCGGCGCUUGCAGCGGUGAUGGCAGCUCCACUGCUGCUCUGCGUGGUGGCAGAAGGGGUCGCGCUGCUGGCAGCGGUGGCUUCUUUAAUUCUUCCCUCAGGCGAUGCAUGCGGGACGUCAAUGCCGAAGAGACGAAUGCCAGAGUUGGGGCUUUCUCGCGGAGGAGCGCCGGAGCGCAGGAAUGGCAACUCGGAGAAGGACGCAACGUUGCCAAAGUCAUGAGGCUCCCGCACGGUCGCAGCGCCACCACCGACACCACCUUCACCGCCUCCGCCUCCACCGCCACCCAUGCAACCAGAACCAGGUGGAUUGAGAAAGGCACAGAAUUUCCUAGGCUAUCUAGCAGCUCUUUGUGA